CGAAGUUCCUGGACGCUUGCGCUGCAGCGAUGGUGACUUUACGCACGGGAUUUGAGGCUUCUUGAACUAACUUUUCUUGUUUCCAGAAUAAACAGCUGUCACACACAGCGCGGUGCCAAGCGGAGGAGCAGCAGCCAGGUGACGUUCAUGAAUUCCAAACUGGUCCAAAAGUGAGAAGAGGGUGUCGGAGUUGAAGUCUCUCUUAUUAUUAAUGAUGUCUUCCGUGCGGGCAACGCCUCCGUUUCCUGUCGUGACAGAGCAAGAGGAAGCAGUUGACCGGGACAAUGUGGCCUGGGCCAAUGACGAGAGAGAAGGCCAGAAAGAGAUGCCCUCUUUGCAUAAUCAGCCCCACCCGGACGAGCUGCAGCCAAUCAGAGAGAAGCAGAGCGAGGUGGCGUGGGAGAGUGUAGGGCCUGCUGUGAUGGAAAACGAUAGCAGUAAAGGCUGCUCCAUCUACUCCUACCGUAAUAACUCCACCUCUCCACUCAAGCCGGAUGAAGGUUCCCGGGAGCGGGGAGAGCCGCUGACUGGACUGGCCUUUGGCACGCCGGAGAGGCGCAAAGGAAGUCUUGCAGAUGUGGUGGACACACUGAAGCAGAAGAAACUUGUAGAGCUCACCAAGACGGAACAAGACGAGUCGUCGUGUAUGGAAAGGCUCCUCUCCAAGGACUGGAAAGAGCGCGUGGACCGGCUGAAUGCCAAUGAGUUCCUGGGAGAGGUCAAAGGUACCCCAGAGUCACUGGAGGAGAAGGAGCGUCAGCUGUCCACAAUGAUCGGCCAACUGAUUGGCCUGAGGGAGCAGCUCCUCGCUGCCCAUGAUGAGCAGAAGAAGAUGGCCGCCUCACAGCUGGAAAAGCAGAGACAGCAGAUGGAGCUGGCUAGGCAGCAGCAAGAACAGAUUGCUAGACAGCAGCAGCAGCUUCUGCAACAGCAGCACAAGAUCAACAUUCUUCAACAGCAGAUUCAGGUCCAGGGUCACAUGCCUCCUCUGAUGAUCCCAGUGUUCCCCCAUGACCAGCGUUCUCUGGCUGCUGCCGCUGCUGCUCAGCAGGGCUUUCUCUUCCCACCGGGCUUGUCCUAUAAACCAGGUGAGAAUUACCCCAUGCAGUUCAUUCCAUCCACAAUGGCAGCUGCAGCUGCAUCUGGACUCAGUCCAUUACAACUACAGCAGCUGUACGCCGCCCAGCUGGCUAGCAUGCAGAUCUCACCGGGAGCCAAGAUGGCUCCCCUCCUGCAGGCUCCCAACUCCUCUGGCCCCCUCUCACCCUCCGCCCUAAAGAGUGAGAAGAGAGCACCUAGUCCUCUUGCUCACAUUAAGGAGGAAGGCUCGACACAACCCCUGAACCUUUCAGCCAGACCCAAAACAGCCGAGCAACUCCGCUCCCCAACCUCCCCUUCACAAGGCUUGUUGUCUGGAAACAAGACCAGCCCUAUUGGCAUGGGGAAGGGUCGCAUCCCAAGCCCAAUCUCCAACAUGGGCAGAAACACCUCUCUUGACAUCCUGUCCAGCCUUAACUCCACGGCGCUGUUCGGGGACCAGGAUGCUGUGAUGAAAGCCAUUCAGGAAGCCAGGAAGAUGAGGGAGCAGAUCCAGAGAGAGCAGCUCCAUCAGCAGCAGCAGCAGGGACAGGGCCCCCAAGGCUUGGAGGCCAAGCUGUCAGCCCUCAGCAGCAUGACCCUCAACAAUGGAAACAAGGAGCGGCUGCACUAUGAAACCCUGAGCCAGCACCUGGGGAAGCUGGGGGAGGAUGCUGGGAAAAUGGUCCACCGGGUCAUCGACCUGACCAGACCAGAAGACCUAGACAGGAGCAACGCUACGGAGGCAAGGGUGUUCAGAGAGGCACGGGGCAGGAACAGCAGUGAGCCCCACAUCAAGAGGCCCAUGAAUGCCUUCAUGGUGUGGGCCAAGGAUGAGAGGAGGAAGAUCCUGCAGACCUUCCCUGACAUGCACAACUCAAACAUAAGCAAGAUCCUGGGCUCUCGCUGGAAAGCCAUGACCAACCAGGAGAAGCAGCCAUAUUAUGAGGAGCAGGCCCGUCUGAGCAAGAUCCACCUGGAGAAGUACCCCAACUACAAAUACAAGCCGCGGCCCAAGAGAACCUGUAUCAUCGAUGGCAAGAAGCUACGCAUUGGCGAAUACAAGCAGAUGAUGCGCUCACGACGUCAGGAGAUGAGGCAGUUCUUUAGCGUGGGGCCUCAGCCGCCGAUUCCCCUCGGCAACAGCCCCGGCAGUGUUGGGGUCUACCCGGGCGCCAUCAGCAUGGCACCAGCAGCUACGCCUUCCCCCCACCUGACCUCAGACUGCUCCAGCAACUCCGCCAGCCCUGAGCCGGCCAUCCCCGUCAUUCAGAGCACGUACGGGGUCAAGGCCGAACCCGGCGGCGGGGGCGGGGCGCUGGACCUGCCCAGCGACCCCACCAACGGCGAAGACGAGAUGGACAUGUACGAGGACUUUGAGGAUGAGCCCAAAUCAGACUAUAGCAGCGACCACGAGACGCGGGAGGCUGUCAGUGCCAACUGAGCGUUCUCAGGAUGCCAACAGAAAAAAAAAGAAGAAAAAUAUCUUCUCUCCUUUUUCUCAGAGACAUUUUUUAUUAAGACAGUUUAAUGCAUAGAUGCAGUGCUUCAGGCGUACUUUCAGGACAUGGUGUGUCAUGCACUGAGCAUGCACAGACUGAUGGAGGUGAAUUCUAUGAGCUUAAACUCAAUGGGCAUGCUCAGAAAGUUCAUGACGAAAUCCCAACAGAAAUCAAACGGAAGAAAUGGGACUAUGUAUAAGAUGCAUCCCGUGCCCUCUUAGAACAAAACCUGACCUUCUGACAUUCGACUGAAGUUGAACUUAAAUUGGCUCUCUCCUUGACAAUCUUAACAGGAGCAAGUAUCAGAUGAACGAGCGCGAGAGAGAGGACGAGGCGUACAAGUGACGAGUGACAAACACAUCCCUGUGUGUGGUUUCUGAAGAGCAUGCGUGGAUUUCAGUGUAUCAGGAAUUGGUCUUCAACAGCUAUUUGGUCUUAAAUGUUUCUUUAAUGAGUGAUUUAGUUUUUAUCGUUGCAUAUUUCCUUUUUUGGUGGGUUUUUAUUUUGUUGUUCACAGACUUUUUUCUUCUGACAGGUCACUGCCUGUACAAACUCUGGACUGUCAGAACUUGAAAUUUGAAAAGUUUUAAUAUAAAUCCUAGCUUUCGUAGUCUCAUAGUCUUACUUUUGUUUCUUAUGAAUACAGUGCAUCUACACAUUUUUUUCUGACAAAAUGCUUACAUUACAUUACUGUUUAUGAUGGGUUUUUUUUUUUAUAUCCCAGCUCAGGUAUGAUGUGCCAGCUCGUGAAUGUGUUUUGUUGUUUUGUUUCAUUUUGUUUUCAUACAAAAGAGUGGUAGGACUUUUCAAACUGUCAAUGAAAUAAAGGGAGCCAAAUCUCUCUUAUGACAUUAUUAUUAUUAUUAUUAUUACUAUUAUUAUUAUUAUUAUUAUUGAUAAUUACCCAGACAUUGUACAAUUUUACUUAACAAUGUGCCAAACCUACAUUCACAUUCACUCGGGAUGUUGUAGUCUUAACUUGUAAUGCUGCAAAAAGUCUUAUACAAUCAGCUUGUUUUCUAUUUGACGAGAUGACUUCCUGGUUGGUGUAUGUGCUGGCUCCCCUGCUGGCCAGUCGCAGGCAGAGCUCAGGGAGGAUGUGUGCUCAUCACUCCUGUCACAAACAUCUAGUGUCUUUAUCUCUGGUGAUGAGACUUAAGUUACAAGAGCAAUACUGAAAGGCGAUUUGGCCAUCUGUUCUUAGAUUCCCACUGCGUUGGUGCUUUUAUGAAUCACGUUGCCCGUACAGUCCUGCAGGCCAAAUACUCAGAUCACAUUUACUCGGUGUGUUGUGCUGAACACUGCACAACACACCGACAUGUCACCCGGGAGUGUGUGACCCCACUCACCCGUCCCUUUAAAUCAGGUACAGCAGGUAAAGAUAAUAUUUUCUUUUUUUACUAUUUUGGUUAAAUUUCUACUCAGUGACUUAGAGAAUCCGUGCAUCCUUGUAGUAAGUCUACAGUGUACUUUUCUAUAUAGCUCGAGUAAAGCUUCAGUGGAAGGUGGAUUUUAGUGGUCCCCUGGUGACCUUACUGUAGGAUGAGGCUUUCUACCAUACUGGAUCCCCUCACUGUAUUUUGGAUUGUAUUUGAACUGAUACAAAAAACAAAAGAACAUGUACAAAAUGUUGAUGUCUAUGGUCUAUUAGCUUGUUAAUAAUUUAUGAUCCACAUUGCACCACAUGGAAAAGAUGCACCAAACUUGUGUUUUCAAAGAAAUGGUAUGCUAAUAGGAAAUAUGUGCUUAUAGGUCUGGUAUUUGAAAAAAAAAUGAAAAAAAGUACUUUUUUUUUUUACAUUGCAUGUUUGUUUUGUAAACAAGAAAGUUGUAAUUAGUUGAUUGGAGGAGAGAGAGAGAGAGAGAGAAAAUGCACACUUUACCGUCGUCUGUGUGACUUCUCUUGGUAUCCGACCCUGAUCUGAGCACUGGCCUGAAGAGAGAUGUUUGAGUUUCCUCUGGUGCAUCUCGGCCAUGCUCUGGUAGUCUGCACCUCGCUUUCUUCUGCUUCAUCCUCAUGUCACUUUGCUUUGUCCAGCCACGUCGCGUCUGUUUUUUUUUUGUUUGUUUUUUUACUAUGCUGCCAGCCAUCUGACCAUGUGUCCCUGUCCCACGCCGGGUCCUGCAGCGGUGGCGGGGCGCUGCGUGUAUCUGGCUAACUGUUCUUUAGCUGUCUUCUCCACAUGCCCACGCUGGCUAAGGUUUUAUUUGUAAAAGCUUUUCAAGACGGGACAGAACAAUGGUUUUUUUUUUUGUCACCCUAAAAAAAAAAAAAAAAAAAAAGAGAGACCUACGCCUCAUACAUAGGCUUUCUGUUCGUGUCAUACACAUCCUAAGCACUGGAUAUGAAUGCUAUGUUUCUUUUUUGUUCUUUUGUUGUUUUGGUUUGUUUUUCUUAAGUAUGGACUAAUGUGAAGGUGUUGUAUGAUUUACAACAUAGCAAAUCAUUAUCAAAAGUCACACAUUUUGACUAGAGGAAGCGACAUACUUUGCUCGAGUAAAUUCCCUUUUUUUUUUAGAAGCAUUUCAACUAUUUAAGCUUUUUUUUUUGUAGCUCUAGUGCCACCGAAAGGGAUCAAAUGACAUUUGACCUCUUUAAGGGUUGCUUCAUGCUCUCAUCAGCCGUGACCUGCACACGCAGACGCCGUUUGCUGGUCACAAACACAUUUUGUGAUGAGUGUUGUAUUUGAAAUUCAAUUGUGCGUUUUCACAUUUCAUUGUAUUUAUUAGCCAGCUUUGGCUCUAAAAGUGUCAGUACAACUUGGUGAGUAAGACAAUCAAAAAGUAAAUAAAUA